GUGAUAUAGAUAAGGACGUCCCACGUGUAGUGUCACCAAAUUCCUCUACUAUGAGAGCCAUCUUACUUUUGUGUCUUGGCCUUUGUGUCAAUGGAUCGACAGUUCGACGGUCGGGCGGGCGCCGGUCGUUUCAGUGCGGCUCUCAGGCUUUCUUCAACACGGACAACGGGACGAUCAGCAGCCACAGCGGCAUCGACCACGGCCACAACUAUGGCAAGGACCUCGACUGUGUCUGGACCAUCGAGGCGCCCAAGGGGAAAAUGGUCGAGCUCACCUCUCUAAUGUUUGAUAUCGAAAAUGGAGGCAUCGCCUGUAAUUACGACUGGCUGGAGCUGUUUGACGGCAACUCGACCAACUCGACGUCUCUCGGCCGCUUCUGUGGCUCCACCUUCCGACCUAUCUCCUCCACUCAGCGCUUCCUCACACUCAACUUCGUAACAGACGGAAGCACACAGCAGAGAGGAUUCAAACUGUUCUAUAACUUCACCGACCAUGUCGUCAAAUUCUGCGCUUUAAACGAGUUCAAAUGCGCGAGUGGACGGUGUAUUCCGAACAGAUAUCGCUGUGACAACGACGAUGAUUGUGGCGACGACAGUGAUGAGGCUAACUGUGGGUUAACUACGACGAGUUCCGCAUGUAGCGGUGGGGAUUUCCGGUGCGGGUCGGGGACGUGCAUCCCGCAGGUAUGGGUCUGUGAUGGGGACGAUGACUGUGACACAGACGAGCUCGGCUGUAGACCCGCCACACCUGCAAACCAGAGAGUAUGUGGACAGACAAACUUCACCUCACCAACCGGCCGCAUCGAAUCUCCCGAUUACCCUAUCUCCUACCCCAACAACGCCCACUGCGUCUACCACAUUCACGUCGACCCACGCAAAACGAGCCUCGGUCUUUCAUUCAACAGUAGCUUCAAUAUAGAAAGCGACCUCAACUGUCAGUACGACUAUGUGGAGAUCCAGGUGGCUGGCAGAAAGUAUGGGCCAUAUUGUGGCAACACUCCACCCAGCACAAUUAACGUGUCUGGAAACGAGGCUACAGUUAUCUUCAACUCGGAUGAUUCGGACGAGUAUGCAGGCUUCCAGCUUAAUUAUGACGCCAUAUAGUUGAGUCCCAGUGUGAAACGACGGUGUCUACACGAAAGAACACAGAUAUAUAGUUUUGAAUUAAAAAAUACAUCCAA